AUGCUCCCAAAACGCGCUCUUGUGUCAAACUAUACUAAGUUUCAGCGUAUUAAAGAGUAUGCACUGCUAACAUGCGCGAUUGCUUGUUUAAGGAACAGUGAAAGCGACUUUCAAGUCUAUCUAUCUAUCUCAUCUAUCUAUCUAUCUAUCUAUCUAUCUAUCUAUCUAUCUAUCUAUCUGCCUUUUCGCCUCUCUUUCACAAGACUUGAAAAAAAAUUUCUACAAUCAAAACUGCUGAAGAACGAAUGCCAUCAAUUUUUCCUUCAUUUUUUUUACAAUCGUUGUCAAGCCUCAUUUCCUUAUUGUUUUUUUUUAGUCUCCCUGUCUGUAACUUAUAUUGAUUCUUUCUUUCUUUCUUGCUUUCUUUCUUUUUUCGUUUUCUUUCUUUUUUCUUUUUUUUUUUUUGCGGGAAUUUUCUUUCUUUCUUUCUUUCUUUCUUUCUUUCUUUCUUUCUUCUCUGUUCUUUUGAAUUUAUUCUCCAUUUUCUUUUUAUCUUUACUUUAUAUUUUUCUUUCUUUCUUUUUUCUCUGUUCUUUCUUUUAUUUUUCUUACUAUACACUUUCUUCUUUUCUUUAUCUUUCUUUCUUUAUGUGUCUUUCCUUCCGUCUUUCUUUCUCCGUUCAUUCACUCUUUUCUAUUUCUCUUUAUUUUAUUUUAUUUCUCCGGUCGUCGUCUUUAUUUCUUUCUUCUUUCUUUCUUUCUUUCUUUCUUUCUUUCUUUCUUAUUUAA